CGACGGAUGCGAGACAUGGGAAAAAGUCUUGCACGAUGUCAACAUAUACUUAUUACCAAAAUGGGAGGGAUGGGUGUUUAUUGUCCUAUUUGUGGUGGUGUUCGUUUUCGGAACCGUCGGUAACAUUAUGGUGUGUGUCGUUGUUUUAAGCUACUCCCACAUGCGCUCCAUCACCAACAUCUUCAUCCUCAAUCUCGCCGUGUCGGAUUUACUGGUGCUCUUCAUCGUCCUCAUCCCCACCAUGAUACAGGACAUUUUUAAGUCUUGGCUCUUCGGCGAUGCCAUCUGUCCGAUGGCGAACUACUUGCAAAGGGUAUCCCCCAUGGUGUCCAUUCUCACGCUAACCUUCAUAUCCAUUGAGAGACUAUACGCCGUGUGUGAACCGCUUAAGUUUGAAGCCACCAGGAAGCGCGCAUGCGCUAUGAUCCUGUCCAUCUGGAUCAUUUCCCUUGCAUCCGCGAUUCCGGACCUACUUUACUCGAAGAUCCUACGCAAAUUCCCGGCAAACAUCACAGAUCUAUUGUCAAACUGCACAGUGGAACAUUCCAAUGCAUUUCAUUAUUUUUACACCUUCACGUUUUUCGUUUUGCCGUGUUUGAUUAUGGGUGUGGCAUACUUCAAGAUUGCUCGUUGUCUGUGGACAAGUCCCAUAAACAAUCUGUCUCCAGGAGAACCCAGCGGUCUGACAACAGGUGGCUUCGAGGCCCAGCUUACCCAGAGACGGAAGACCGCUAAGAUGUUAUUCGCUGUUGUUGUUUGCUUCUUCUGCUGUUUCUCUGUGCACCACAUAAUCUUGCAUUUGCACUUGCAUUUACCAAAAGAAAGCUGGGAUUCUGACGUAAAAGUAAAGCUCGUCAUAAUUGGUCACCUUCUGAUUUAUGUCAACAGCGCUCUCAACCCUAUAAUAUACAACUUCAUGAGUGAGAGAUUUAGAAUGUCAUUUCUGGAAACCUGUUGCUGUUGUGUCAGAAGAGGGAAUUCUUCGUCUAAGAUAGUCCAAGCUGUCAGGAUGAGGUUAAAGUUGCCAGCUUGUGAGGACUGAUAACAAGAGUGUCAUUAAAUUGUGUUCCAAGUGAUAACCGCGGGCAUCAUGCGGUCAAAUGACUCGAGAAAAAUACUGGUGACAAAUUGACAGAAUCUAUGGUCAGAACGCCUGGUUCCUAAAGGGAUGUUCCUUUACGAAAUACCUGUUCGUUUUAAUCUAUGCGUCGAAACAGACAUUCAUAUACCGUUGCUGAACAUCAACCAGUAAGGACGUUCCAGGUCAAUAAUCGUUCAAUCUCCAAAAACGACGCAGAACACAAACCACCAAAGAACUACGAAAGUAUAUAAAGUACGAAAAUAGGACGGAAGCAGUCAACAGUUUUCAGUGAUGUUGGUAAAGACACAAGGCGUGUUCUAGGCACUCUCUGGACUGUAUCUGAAAAUUGUGUUGGACUCAGAAGUUUGUCUUCAGGUAUUAUUGACUGUCCAGUGUUCAAGUUAUUUUGUCGGCUCUCGGUUCUGAUGUCCCAGCGGACAAGGGAACGCUUAAGCUGCCCUGUUUGAAAACUCUUCUCCAGCCGGACUGGUUACCUUGAUACCCCAGUGCCAAUGAGUCACUUAGAACGACCGUAGUUGUAAAAAAUGUCUUCUUGCUCCCAGCUGUGAUUUUCCAGUUGGUGCGUCAUACACUGAACUGGAGAAAAAUGUCCCGGACCCUUGAUCUCACAGCUCUAACGUUUCAGUGCGUGCGUUACACUCUAAGCUGGGCAAAAUGACCACACUCCCGCUGUUCAUGUGCGUGUGCUACACUGUAAGAUGGACAAAGUGUUCUCCAUCCGGACAUUUGGUCUCACUGUCCAGAUGUUUUAACGUAUGUGCGACAGUCUAUUUGAUUUAUUUAUUUAUUUAUUUGAUUGAUGUUUUACGCGUGUCACACUCUAGGAAAGACUAAUGUUCUUCAUACGGACCCGUGAGCUGACAUUUCUGAUGUUCUAGCCCGUGUGUCACACUCGCUGGACAAAGUGUUCUCCAUAAGGACCUUUGACGUCACAGCUCUGAUGUUCAUCGCGUGUCACACUCCAAGCUGGGUAAAGUUUUUCCUCAAGGGACCUUGAGCUCCCAGUGCUGAUGUUCAGCGCGUGUGUCACACAUUAAGCUGGACGAAGUGUUCUGAAAUCCCAGCGCUAUUGCACACCCUAAGCUGGUCCUGAUCGAGAAAGUGUUCUCUUACCGGACUUAUAAAGGGACCCCAUUCUCCUGUUCCAGUGCUAUUGUUGCGUAUAUUUUAUGUAUCUUACAAAGAUGCAUAAUAUGUAUAGCGUAUGUUAAGUUGCUGUAUUAGAUUUUUAUUGUUUAUGGUUUACUGGCGAUACGUGUGGUAAUAUUUGCCAAAAUCACACAUCAAAGAUUUAUUGCAAUAUUUUUGUUGUUGUUGAUAAUGAUAUUAUUGCUGCUCUUGGUGGAUCUUUAUUAGGUAAUCGUCAAAAACUCCAACAUGUAAUGCCACAAGCGAUAGGGAUAUGUUGUUCAGAUUUGUCAAUUCAUGCAAAAAACCGUAGAUUAGGGAAAUGUUGUGACUCAAAAUUUUCCCAGUGAAUAAAAUAAUGUUUGGUGGAAAACAAUCCGUAUUAUCUCACAGCUUGAAUAUCCAGAAUGUCAUGAUUUAUUUAUUUAUUUAUUUGAUUGGUGUUUUACGCCGUACUCAAGAAUAUUUCACUUAUACGACGACGGCCAGCAUUAUGGUGGGUGGAGCCAGGCACAGCCCGGGUGAAACACACGACCAUCCGCAGGUUACUACCAGACCUUCCCACUAACGGCCGGAGAGGAAACCAGCAUGAGCUAAACUUGAACUCACAGCGGCCGCAUUGGUGAGAGGCUCCUGGGUCAUUACGC